AUGGGUCAAACACUCGGUUGCAUUCAAGUGGACCAGUCUACGGUAGCGGUUAAAGAACAUUUUGGAAAAUUUGAUGAUGUGCUUCAGCCUGGAUGUCACUGCUUACCUUGGUACUUUGGCUACCAGUUAGCUGGUAAACUCUCAUUACGUGUGAAACAGCUUGAUGUUCGUUGCGAAACAAAAACCAAGGAUAAUGUCUUUGUCACUGUUGUUGCAUCCAUACAAUACCGUGCCCUGGCAGAAAAAGCAUCUGAUGCUUUUUAUAAGCUCACCAACACGAAGGGACAGAUCCAAGCCUAUGUUUUUGAUGUUAUUAGGGCUAGUGUACCAAAGAUGGAUCUGGAUUCUGCCUUCGAACAGAAGAAUGAUCUUGCAAAAGCUGUAGAGGAAGAACUUGAAAAGGCCAUGUCCACCUAUGGGUUUGAAAUAGUCCAGACUCUAAUUGUAGAUAUUGAGCCAGAUGUUCAUGUUAAGAGGUCAAUGAAUGAGAUUAAUGCAGCCGCUAGACUUAGGGCUGCAGCAAAUGAUAAGGCUGAAGCAGAGAAAGUGUUGCAGAUCAAGCGAGCUGAGGGAGAGGCCCAGUCAAAAUACCUGUCAGGCCUCGGUAUUGCUCGGCAGCGCCAAGCUAUUGUGGAUGGGCUGAGGGACAGUGUGCUUGCCUUCUCUGAGAAUGUGCCUGGAACAACAGCCAAGGAUGUCAUGGACAUGGUGCUGGUGACUCAAUACUUCGACACCAUGAAGGAGAUUGGGGCAUCCUCAAAGACAUCGGCAGUUUUUGUUCCACAUGGGCCAGGUGCUGUUCGAGAUGUUGCCUCGCAAAUUCGGGAGGGUCUUCUUCAGGCUGACGGUGUCCAGCACUAGUUUGUGCUUCUUAGAUUGUCUUUUGUUCUAUGGUUAGUGAACAGCUUUGGCAGCUGAAGUGUGAAUAAACAAAGUGAUGAUGAUACUCUUGUUUUAAUUUUCUUGGUGAAACGGUAGCAAACUAUAGGAUUUGUCACUAGUUUAGG